AUGCCGUGCUCUCAGCUUGGGCGGCCUCACUUGUCCCGUGAUUCAAAGGUUUGGCUGGCGGUGCUGUUUGCUCUGGGGCUCCGGCCCGGCUGUGUCGGACUUCGGCCUCUCGACUGUGCGGGCGUGGAGGAGGAUGGCGUGCGGUGGGAUGUCGUCAGGCUAGAUUUAUCACACGCGCUGCGGGAAGUGCUUCACAACGGAGCACUGUCUCGAGAUCUCCAUGCUGCCAAGGAUUCGAAAGGCCGGGAUCCUGCAGUGUCCUACGGGGACGUUCAGCUGCAGCGCCACUUGGAGCGCUUGCAGCGGCUUGUUCUGGUGCUACCAGAGAAGAGCCGAUGUCCUCUGGGCCGGUAUAGUCUUCGCGUGCUGGUUUCUGUGCUCUAUUCUGGCUUGAGCUGGGAAGCUUGGUUUCGACGCUACGAGGAAGACUUAUGGGGUCUUGUCCAUGGCAGCAAUUGGACCGAGGCCAUAGCUGCAGAGUGGCCGAUCUUUCAAAUCCUUGCGCUCGUGGGCGACUUGUACGAAGGACAGCCGUUCCCCGCAGACUGCCAAUCCGCCGAAGCUGACAUCGGGCGCUUGGCAGUCUUGCUGAAAGGCACUGCGCAGGAUGCCACAGCGAUCAGGACGCAUGCUGUACCUAUGCUGCGCCACUCCUGCGCCCUCGCCCGUGCUGGUGCUGCAGCUGCCCUGGCUUCUGCCGGGAUGAGAGUUUCUGGAGAGGUGGCACCUUCGAUGCCAGGUGUCGAUCCCUCGCUUCUGGCACAGAGUCAAGCCGCUCUGAGAGUUGCCAGCAAUCGGCAUCCCGAGGGGCCGAAGGCAAUAUUCACCCGGCCUUUGCCCACAUUGCUCCUGCACUUGGAUGCGGCGCAGACACGCUUGCGACGGCAGUGGCAGAAGCUGCGCGAACGGCUCGACAUCUUAUAUUGUGGGCCUUUGGAAAUCGAGGAGGAGUUGCAAGAGCUGUGUGGCAACAUGCAAGGUGAUUGCAAGGUUCACUAUCACCAGGAGUUGGAAACAACUCCCUCGGGCACAUGCUUCCGGCACUAUCGGCAGGCAUCACAAGACAUCUCGAGCAUGGACCAUGAAGCUGCAACAUCGUCGGCCGUGCUCGUGGUCAGUCCUUCUACUUGGAUGUGGAACGAGGAGCUAUCCCAAGAUGUCAGACAGCUUCUGCGAGAGCGCCAGCGCUGGGCUCGGGACAUUGUCGUCGCGGGACUGCCAACCAUGAAUCGAUCGCGCAUAUUCAACUGGCCAGUGCAGAGAAUUUUGCACAAAUAUUGGAAGUUGUCAUACGAAGAGUAUGCCACUGGUCACGAAACAUCGCCGUUCCUACCGAUGGCGCAGUUCUGGGCAGUAGGAGACACGACUUCUGGCACGCGGAUAUACAGCACCGCUGUCUUCAAGAGUUUACUGGCAAGUCUGACCAGACGCGAGUCUGAGUACAUUGAUGCUUUACCGCGGCCGGAAGGUGCUGGUGGACUUUCUGGCGGCGGCCAGGCCGCCGAAAACUGGCUUGUGAUGCUGGAUCUUCUUUCCAAAGAAGCUGGCCUCCGUGCUUACACAUUCUUGAAUGGGGCAUCUUUGGAGAACGUGUACCAAGCGGCAGCUUCUCUUUCACCAGGACUGUCGAGAACCUUUCACAUUGAGGCGGCUCGGUUUCUCGCUCGGGCGAGUGGUGGUCGAGGUCCACUGCAAGAGCACUGUCUUUUUCCGACUUCCGGCCUCGCGAGCAGCUUCACUCAGAAUCACGGUGUCGUCGUCAGUUGGUGCACCAGGAAGGCUUUGAAGGAGAUGUUCCGUGAUGUGGGUGGUUGGUGGCUAUCACUGGAUCCGCUCCGUCACAUCAUAGUGCCGGUUUCGGCCAGUGUGCUCAACCUCUACAGGAGCGGAGAGACGGAGUUGUUUCCAUGGGAUGCAGACAUCGACGCGAACUUCAUCGCAUCGCACGGAAUCGUAAUCGGCGAGUUUCUGGAGAAUCACAAGGACACCUUGAGGACAAUGGGCUACGACUACAUUCUGAGGGGCGACCGCGUCGUCUUCAAGACGUUAGCUGACACUGCUCGAAUGGACAUUUGGCUUUCGGGCCCGCAAGAGGUCCGCGCCUACGACAUCCGAGCCAGGCCACCGCAGUUGAGUGAUGCUGCCAUGCACGUUGCAGCGCAGAUAUCCCAUGCCCACAUGACGGCUGCGAAUUUCCCGACAGAUUUGUGCACUUGUCCGAGUGAUGUCAGAAAAGAACACUAUCGCCCAGAUGACGGCGGCGAGGAGGCCACGAUGACCCAUUGGGUUGGCAUUGCCAACUUGCCUGACCUGCCGAUGAUGGUCGUGGAGGCAAAAAGCCAGCGAGCUGGAGAUGCAGUGUCGGGCACCACCAUCCGGUUCUUCUGGGAGACGGACCCAACAGCAAAGCUGGACGUGGAGCUUCAAGUGUUUGCAACCUAUCUUGAAUUCGCUGCCAUCUACUCAGCAGUGCCUAUAUUCAAACGGGCUCUUAACAUGGCCUGUGCGCCGCCUUCUCCUCGGGUUGAGCAAGAUGCUCAAGACCGCGUGGACUGGAAGGAGGUCAAGCUGGAUCUUUCUACAGGCAUCUCCCUUCCAACUUACUGGUGGCAUCCAGCGGGAUGUAGUGCGGCAUCAAGAAGCGCCGUGCUCUGCUUGCAUGGUGCCGGAGAUGUUGCGCUGGUGUGGGCGCAGGUGGCAAGGAGACUGCGCGAAAGAAUUGGAGUUACGAUAAUUGCUGCGGACCUUCGGGGCCACGGCGGAGCAAUGGUUGAGGAGCGCCUCGAUGAAAGCCUUGGACUGCAACGACUGUUGCCCGACGUUUUGGCACUGCUCCGAUGCACGGGGGAGCGACUGUCCCAGGGCGAGGGCGAUGAACAUGUUUCGCUAAUCCUUUGUGGUCACUCCCUGGGCGGCGCUUUAGCUGCGCGUGCAGCUUCAGAGGCUCUGAAAAAGCAGCUUCCUCUUCGGGUGCGGGCCGCCAUUCUGCUGGAGUCUGUGGAAGGCACGGCUGCGGAGACGCUUCCGCGCAGCGUUGCGUGGAUGCAGGCCCGACCUCGCAGCUUUACGAGCUUGGAGGACGCCAUUGCUUGGUCCCUAUCUUCGGGGAUGCUAGCAAAUCCAGAAGCAGCAAGGGAGAACAUCCCGCCUCGACUGCAUCGCGAGGCUGGCCAGAGGUGGACUUGGAUAACCAAUGUUUCUGAGGCCGUGACUUGCUGGCCCCAAUGGUUUGAUGGGGUCAGCUCCCUUUUCGUCAGCUUGCCAAUCCCCAAGCUCCUGAUUGUGGGAUCGGUGGACCGGAUGGACGCAGCUUUGGAGGCUGCACACAUGCAAGGUCGGUUUCGCAUGGAAGUGGUGCCUCACUCGGGACACUAUAUUCACGAAGACUGUCCGGACGAUGUGGCGGAGGCCAUUACCAAAUUUCUCCUGCAGCUUCAGCAGCAGGAGAAAGCCUUUGCGAAGCUGAUGGCGCACCGAGCGUUUGCCACAGCGCCACCUCGCGGCCGCCUGCACCCGGCCCUGCAGAUGUUAAGCGGCACCGUGCAGAUCAAAAUCGAUGCCGAUAUGAUGGAUGUUUGUACGCUGCUGGGAGAUGCCCGAAGUCUGGAAGCCGAGUACAGCAGAUUGCAGACAGCUGGCGAAGAGCAAGAGGCUGCUGACGAAAUACGCAUUCAUGACGCGCAGCUUGAGCGUUUGCGCCUGCGCACGCUGCUCGAGCGUUACCGCGAGCGUCAGCCGAAAGCGGAAGAGCUGGCCGAGAGAUACGAAGCAGAAAUUGACCAGUUGUCAGAGGAGCAACGACAGUUACAAGAUGAAAACGCCUUACUCGCGCACAGAGAUACGCUUGCCAUGGAGCUACUGGACUGCGGAACUCCCAGCAGCCGGACCAGUCGUGGAAGCCGGGCAUCUCCAAGCAGCAUCGGGGCUUUCGCUCGUUCACCGUCCAGGGCGGCCGUUCGUCGCACCUACAACCAGGCAAAGGAAAUGCGAGAGUGCCAAGCGAGGCUAACGGCUCUCCAACGAAGAACACAAGUGAAUGAGUGGUACCUGUCGCAGCUGAAGGUCGGCUUGCAGGAGGGUUCCCGCAGCCUCCAAAGCCGGGAAACCCACCUGCGAGAGCUGCGGGAACGUUUCGAUGCGGCCGAGGAGCAGCGCCAUCGCCUCGCGGAGGAGCGAAAUCGAACUGAGCGACAGUUGACCUCAGAGCGCGAGGAACUCGUGCAACUGCACAAGGAGGCCCUUGCUCUUAGGGAGGCUUGCUACUUGCCAGCUCAGCUUAAGAAGAAAAGCAGCACACUCAUGAAGUUCCUGGAGGAGGAGGGGGGGCGAGCUAAGAUGGAGAAGCAUCUGCGAGGACGAGAAGCAGUCGUAAAGUUGUACCACAGCGUGGCCCAGCAAGCCCCGGACCUGCAGGCUGCAGCAGGUCGGGUCAAGUCAGAGAUGGAUCUCGUGCUGAGAAGGUACCAAGAACUUCAGCAGGCUGGGACUAGUGAGGAUCACAGCCUUGAAUGCGGUGGACUUAGCUGGCAGCUGCUCACCGCAGAACCUUUUCGGGUCAAGAGAGGUUUUCAGAAGCAGGAAGAUGACAUCAGCUCUCCGAGUAACACUCACCAGCCGAAAGCUGUAAAGACAGCUGUACUCUUUAAUUCUCCGGACCUCUUUGCUCUUGCCGGCCUGGAGGCCACUACACAUGGGCAACGCUGUGGCAACUUGCGGCCAGGCGACCACGAUUGGGCCAAGAGGUAUCAGCUAACACGACAACGGUUCGCUUGCACGGAUCGAAGCCCUCUUCUUGACAGUUACAUGCACGAUCAAGAGCAGCUGCAGGUGGCGUUGAAGGUUGCUUUUGCCUUCCCCCAGGACGAGAUGGCCUCGACAAAGUUUCCAUUCAAAACAGGUCAGGAACUGGCCCUGUCUUGCAUCGAGAAGGUCAAGGCUUGGAGUCCCUUGACUCUGCGACAGGAUCGUGCUGCCCACCGGACUGCGCAGACUUCGAAGUCCAGCAGCUUGUGGCCGACAGCCUCCGAAUCCCGCUUCGCAAGGCCCUGGCGAGCCUGGUCGGUCAAGAUUUGGGCUCCGACUGGCGACGGGGACGUCGAGGAGUUCUGGGGUUUGCUGCAGGUGCCAUUGGCCAAGGAACAUCGUGACAUUGAAAAGGUGAAGGAGGUGAUCAAAGAAGUCCAGUGUGUGGCAGAUUACGCGCACAAGUUCAACCAGCAUAUCGCUCGUGCUGCCGGCGAUGAACUUGAUUCUGCGCCAGCUAUCCGCGUGGCUGUGCCGGUUGGCUGCUUUGUGCUCGACAGCAUCAACCCACACGUCGCCGAUGCCGGGGAUGCUCUGAUGCUGACACUCUUCGAUGCCGCAUCCGUCACGAAGUUCGUCUUCGAAGGUGCCGAAGACUUUCAAGAGCUCCCACAAGCUUUCUUCCACUACGUUGCCUGGAGCAGUGGUGGCCAGGAGAUGGUGGCCGACCUACAGGGGGUAGAGGAUGAGCAAGACUUCCUGCUUGUCGACCCUGUGCUGAUUCGGCCUCAAGAGCUCAGUCUGACUGGCAUUCUCUCCGCGGUGAGCGGCGGCGGUGUUAACAGCACCUCACUCACUUCGCGAAGGUUAGACGAAUGGCAUCCGCGGUGUGGACAGUUGUGCGGAUCCUUUGAUCCACAAAGAAGGGGUGGCACCACAAGGAGAGCUUGCGGCGUUCCUCUUCCCCAUUGCGGCAUCGCUGGUGGAUGA